GUAACGGCACGAGCGUGUUCUCGCGGCCGGCGGUUGUCCGCUCCGGGUCGAGCGCCCAGGCCGCGUUCCAGUGUCGGCUGGCAAUGGCGAAGCGUCAGGUUGGAUCCGCAUCCUCGGCGGAGAUAGCCAUUCAACCAAUUGGGUCCAGACUGGAUGUCAAUAGGAACUGGUGGGGUGCUGCAGAGAUCUGAGUUGAUCACCUCCCUUUCACAAUGUAUUUGAGAAAUUUGCAUCAUGGCUUUGAGGAAACCAGACCAAUAUGAAAAGAAUACACAGCACUCAGGCUUCAAGGUCAACCCGUCCUGGAACAAAACCUGCUUCUGUAAAAGAAGCUACGGUAACCAAUAAGGAGACUCCAAAAGGCCAGUUUACAAUAAAACAAACGUGUGGCUGUGGGAACAAUACAUUAGAUCUACAUGGAAAAGGAAUUAAGAAGAUAGAAAAGUUUGAAAUUUUGAAGGGAACAAAUAUUUUGGACCUUUCCUGCAAUUCCAUAGAAGAAAUUGAGAAUUUGGAUAAUAAAUGUGAAAUAACAGAACUUAAACUAUAUGGUAAUAACCUCAGACAGAUCAACAAUUUAGACAGGCUGCGAGAGCUCCGUGUUCUUCAGUUGCAGUACAAUCACAUUACCAGUCUAAGAAAAGGUUUGCUCAAACUCCGGAAACUGCAGACAUUGCGACUGGAUAGUAACCAGCUGGUAUGUGUGGAAUCACGGGAGUUUGCAGGACUAAGUCAACUGACCUCUCUGGAUAUCAGCCACAACCAGCUUACCGACAUCACUGCUGUGAAUGCGUUGCCCUGUCUUGAAGAGCUGUUUGCAUCUCAUAACAAGUUGUGUGGGAUUGUUGAUCUCAGUAGAUGUAAUAAGUUACAGGAAAUUGAUUUAUCCAAUAACAAAAUAUCAGAAGUCCAAGGACUAUCUUUUCUGGAAACUUUAACUUCUCUUGAUCUCUCCAACAAUGUUCUAAGCAGCACCAAAAGUCUUGGAGUUUUGAGCUCCUUGCAGGUGUUGAAUCUGGCCAAUAACCAGCUGAAGUCAGUAUGCAGCUUUUCCAAACAGUUCCUUAAUCUUGAAAUCCUUAACAUAGCCAAUAAUUGCAUUGACAUGAAGAAGGAACUUAAAUUUCUGGCACAGUGUUGCCAUCUGGAGGAACUACAAAUAGCUGGAAACAAUACCGGGACUUCAGAAGAAGAAAAUGAGCAUCUCAUGCAGAUCUCUUUCCUCAUGCCUCAUCUUAAGAGUUUGGAUAAGGUUAUCCUUAAUGAUUCUUCAAACAAAAAGCUGAAAACUCUAGUUAUUCCAAAAACUGCAUUAGCCAAUGCUUCUCUUGAAAGUAUGCAGGAAAUCACAAGCUCUUUGAUGGAUCUUGAGUCUGAAAUGGAGAACCUACAAAAAUCAUUUGUUGGAAGGUUUAGUGAGAUGAAGAAUUUGAUAGAUUCUCUUCCAAAGCAGUUGCCAUGGAGAUCUUCAUAUACAACAUCAGCAAGUUUGACCCCAGUGGCUAAUUAUGGAUCCCGUUCACAGACACGCUGCAAUAGGUUGUUAUCAGCCAAAAUUGCUUGUAUGGGGAUGGGAAGUACCUGCUCCUCAAUGUUUUUCAUUGAGCAUCAUAUGAUGGGUUGCACCAACAUAUCACAGCUCACAUCUGUGCUUCAAAAUAAUAAUCUGUAAGAGAAGUCGUUCCAGAAUUGAAGACGCCAGAUUAUAUGCGGCCCAGCACUUUGUGAAGAAAUAACACAAUUGUUGAAUGUGUUACAAUAAAAACAGUAUCAAAACAAAUCCAGAGAAGAAAAAUGGCACUGGUCCAGAC